AUGGGGAGGCGAAAAGUGGUGGCGAUGAUAGCAGUAGUGCUUAUGUUGCUAUCGAAGUUGGUAUCGGUGAAGGCAGAGAUAGAUUGUGCCACUGUGACAUUGCUGGUUUCAGCGUGCUCGAUGUUUGUCAGGUACGGUUCACCGGACCCAUUUCCAGGAUCCCCAUGCUGCGAGGCAGUGGGGAGACUGAAUGGCCUGGCUGAUUCCAGUGAUGACAGGCAGUCAGUGUGUAGGUGCUUUAUGGGACUCAUUACUAACAGUGCUAAUGCUACUGCCAUAGCUACUUUGCCUGGUUUCUGUGGUGUGUUUCUUGGAUUCACCAUUGAUCCCAACACUGAUUGCAACUUGUAA